AUGGACUCACAUUUUCGAAGCCAUAUUUGGGUUGGAACUAGUGAUGGCUGCUUGGUUUUUGGCAUGUCGGCGGUCGGGGCAAAAGGCGCCGCGAAAUCUUGGCGGGCUCAGAAUUUUUGUAGAGCGGGCUUCAUCUUGACAUUCACUUCAAAAAUCCAAACAUACCACAGGCCAACAUCAAGCAAUCCCAAAGGCGGCACUCUUUCGUCGCGGAAGCACCGGUUCGAGUCCUUCUCACAGCGCAUCACGAAGCUCAAGAUUGAGCCCAUUCGUCGCGGCCGCAGCACCAUUCUCGACGAUGCCGAGCUGGACACCACAUUUUCACACUUCAAGACUGCCCUCGCUGAAUGGAGGGAUAUCAAUACGUCCGAUGGUUUUACCCGAUUCGCCCGUCAGGUCACACCGCUUUGCGAGAGCCUCCCUCAGAUCCUCCACCACCGCCGCCGCAUCCUAGACCUACUCGUCGAAUACAUUGAGAAAGGGGAUAAAUGGAGCGAGGAGCCGCUGCUGAGUCUCAUGGCUCAUUUUGCACAUGAUCUCGGCGUUCGAUUUGAAGACCAUUUUGAGCGGGUGGUAAAGACGGUGUCGCAUUUGGCCGCAAAGCACCAGGAUGUUGAAGUUAUUGAGUGGAGUUUUACGUGCCUGGCAUGGCUGUUCAAAUAUCUCUCGCGGCUCCUGGUUCCGGAUCUGAUACCCUUGUUCGACUUAAUGACCCCUCUCCUGGGGAAAGAACAUCAGAAAGCAUUCGUUACUCGAUUCGCCGCUGAGUCGCUCAGCUUCUUGGUUCGAAAAACUGGCGCUGUAUACCACAGAGACGAGGGACCGUUGAAGCGUAUUGUAGGCCACAUUUCGGGCCAGCUGGAAGCGCUGCAAGGAAGUGGGAAGGACGAAGAAUUCCGGCAGGGCUUAAUGUCUCUAUUUGCGGACUCAAUGAAGGGAGUUCAAAGGGGCUUGCAUUCAAGUGCCGUGGCCAUUCUACAGGAAUUGCUAUCUCAGACGUACGCAAAGGAGUACAUUGCGCUCCAUACCGCACCAUUGGAGCCUCUUCUCAGCGGGGUCAUUACCGCCAUUAUCCAUCAUUCAGAUAAUGAGAACUUCCAGCCUCUGAUUGAUACCGUACUCUCGCAAAUUGAGGAAACUACUUCGGACGGAAACUUUGUUGGACUGUCGUCUCGCCUCUUACUCGUGGUCGCUUCGGUUAGGAAAGGCACUCGAAUCCAGCAAUGGAAACCAGUGUUAGAGGCGCUGAACUCUCUUGUUGAUUGUGCGAACCAAUCCAAAGGACCUUCUUCUACUGAUAUGCGAGAUCUCAUGUCUGCCACCGCGGUGGUAUUCCAAUAUUGCCCAAUGGAAGUCGCAAUACAGCAUGUCCAAAUCCUCGAAUCACUUACUCACAAUCGCUGGGGAGGCUAUUUCCUGUCCUUUUCUAAUACUUUUGCGGAUUUAGGCUCGGAAAGGUUCCAGAACCUCCUGCUCCCAUACUUCAAGAGAUUUGUCGUCCAGAAUGCGCAAGAAUCCAAGACAGAACUAUGUAGUCUCUUGCCUAGGCUUCUCCGCACUAAUUCCUUACAAAAAUCUUCGAUCGAACCGUCGCUCUUCUGGUACGAGGAUAUUGUCCUGUCAUUCGAGGACCUGACCGCUUCUGGCCUUGCCGAUGAUGGAGUAGAGCUGGCUUCCUAUAUUUGCAAUGCGUUUUUAGAAUCAUCAUGUGCCCUCAACAUUCCGGCAAGCAUUAAGAAGGGAAUAUUAAAUGAACUCCGAAAGGCAUUCGAUAGUGCAAUGCGGCUCAGCGAUUCCGGCCAUCCCCGGCCAUCUGACGUCCUUGCGGCAGGGAAUGGUUUCCGUUUUCUUGUGGAAGAAAAUGAACUCCGAGACAGUAUUCCUAACAUAUGGCCCUUUCUGUGCCAGGCCUCUUCCUCGUAUGGUCAUUUGGUUCCCUUCUGGCAAGCACUACUGUCACUCCUCGAGAGAAACCAAAUACCGUUAGACCUUAAGGAACCGCACAAAGAGCACCUCAAACAUUCUCUUAUGCAAGCUCUCGGCUCCCCUUCACAUGACGCGCGGCUUGCAGCACUCGGAAUUGUUGAGAUCAUCAUUGGGAAAAAUGACGACUUGCGACUAAUCAUCGCUACCGCAAUGAUGGUUGAACAGACGCCCCUUGAUCUUCAGAGUAUGCGCGCGGUAUCGAUGCGUAUCCGGCAACUCGCGAAAUUUUACCCUACAGUAUCGUCAGACGAAUGGGUAGGUGAAGCAAUCCCGACUUACUGCUUUGGCCUUCUGCACGUUAAACUUGCACAAAUUUGGGAUGAUGCUUGCUCAGCUCUGAAAGACAUGUGCGAAACAAAAGAUGGCGAAGCUCACGUCUCCCGGAUAGCAUUCGGAUGGCUGGACCAGACCGGAGGUCAUGAGCCCAUGCGUUCUGAUGCUCACCCAGAACAACCGACGGUGUUCAGGCGCGCGACUGAGUUUGAGUGUACAAAUCUCAUGCACCUCCAAGCCAAGUUAUCCGGUCUGCAGGCUUCGUCGGAGCUAACACACGAGCGACUUAAACAUGCCUUCGAAAGUCAACACACCACCAUCCAGUUCAUAACGCCUUUUAGUCGAACGCAGAGUCUACGUGUGCUCAACGUCAUACCGCAAGUUGCAGAGAAACGCUCACGGCUGCUAGUACCUAUCCUGCUCACUUGGGCCUUAGAUCAACCCAUACCGGAAACGCCUGAGAUUGAAGCUUUACCUCACCAGCCACUCGAGCAUGAUGGUUUGCGCUGGUCAAGGAAAGACCAGAAAGCAAUACUCUCAGUCUUCUCUAAAUUCACCAAUCCAAAAGUUCUAUUCAAGUCAGGUGAAGUACGCGCUGCUUUGCUCGUACUACUGGGAAACGGUGAUGUGGAGAUUCAGAAAGCUGCUCUCAAAGCAAUGCUGACUUGGAAAGAUGCUGGAAUUAUCCGGUACCAGGAAAAUCUUUUCAAUCUCCUCGAUGACGCCCGAUUUCGAGAGGAAAUAUCCGUGUUCAUGGACGUCAGCGAAGAAGAGAGUCACCUGCGAGAAGAGCACCGCGACCAGUUGCUCCCAGUAAUUCUGCGUUUAUUAUAUGGCAAAGUCAUCAGCGGGAAGAGGGGCCAGGAGGCUAAACGCAAAGCCGUGUUCAUUGCAUUGACAAGGUUCGAAGAGGUCGCAAUUCGCCAAUUCCUGGGCAUAGCAUUCGGUGCCCUCGGCGAUAUAUCCAUUCUUAAAGACGGAAGAAUCAACGAGGUUCUUUUCCAGAGGGACCUAACGAGCUUGCGGAAACAGCUAGGAAUGUUGAACAUGCUCGAAGACAUGCUGAGCACCCUGAAGAAUAAGCUCACGCCCUUUACUGCCUCGAUCGUUGACCCACUUCUUUACUGCGUAAUCAAGGCCUCGCGGGGCUUAUCUACUGCCGCCUUUACAUCGAGUUCAGAUGCUCAAGGGGACCAAAACCUCCAGUUAUCUCUCUUGCGAACGAUCCGGCAAAGGGCCUUUCAUUCCUUGAAUAUCCUCUUUGAGAGUUGUCCUGAAUUUACAUGGAGUCCGUACAUGCCCACGAUUGUCGAGGAACUCGUUAAUCCAAGGCUUGAGCAAUUCCCUGUAGAAACUGCACAAUCCGUGUCCGGGCUCCUUCGUCUUUUCGCUGCAUGGUCCAAGUCGGCCCGAACAAUCUCUUACCUGGUCGAAUUCAACCCCGAUAUCCUGGUCAAAGUCAUAGACUGCCUCGGUGUUUUAUCUGCCAAAGAUGAGGUUAAACGAUUCGUCCUUGAUGAAGUUCUUCGAAGCAUGAUUGCUCUUGGUUCUGACAAUCUGGGUAAUGCCACUGUUACCGCCAAAAUAGACCAGAACCGGAUUCACUCCUCCGUUCUCCAGCCAUACGCGAGUAUCUUCUUGAUCAAAAUAGGCGACCUCUUACGAAAGAGUCCAAGCAAAGAUCUCUUAGAGUCUGGUGUGCAGACGGUCGCAGAGUUGGCUCCCCAUGUCGUUGGUUCAUCGGAAUCUCGGAGUAUGCUUGAAAUUUCGGCAUUCCUCCUCCGUCAGCCUUCUAGGCGUGUGAAUACCUACACUAAACUUGGCCUGCUCAAAAUUCUCCACGAGUUUAUUCCACGCUGCAAUGGUGCCGACCUGGACGAGUUGUUCAACGAUGUUUUCGAUAUUACGUCCUCCUUAUUCUCAACUUUCCAGGAUCGAGCCGCCCGUACUACCCUGUGCGAUAUUAUUCAGGAUCUCUCCAAGCAUCGUGAGGAUCUCCAUAUGGUCGCUAACCUAUGCGAGGAUCUGAACUCGUUCUCUAGCUCGAAGUUAGAUGAGCCUGACUUUGAUCGCCGGUCGGGCGCUUUCGCCUUGGUAAAUCGUGAGCAAAACAAAUCAUUCACACCAAGCCAGUGGCAACCUCUGGUCUACAACAUGCUGUACUACAUUAAGGACAAUGAAGAGUUGAGCAUCCGAGUGAAUGCGUCUCUCUCUCUUCGUCGGUUUAUCGAAGCGACCGUUCAUGACCAAGCAUUCAAAACUCUCUUAUCAUCUGCAAUCCUUCCUGGAAUACAGAAUGGGAUGAGAGAGUCCUCGGAGCUGGUCAGGAUAGAGUUCCUAGCUGUUCUCGCUCGCCUUGUGGAAAUGCACUCGGAUUGGCCACCAGUCGCUGAUUUGCACAUCCUGCUCUCCGCCGAGGAAGAAUCGUCAUUCUUCAGCAAUGUACUACACAUCCAAGGCCAUCGCCGUCUCCGCGCACUGCGCAGACUUGCAUCGAAUGCUCCUCGGCUCCAAAGCAAGAAUAUCAGCCACGUUUUAAUUCCCUUACUGGAACAUUUUAUUUUCAACAAAGCUGAGGAUGAGAGCGCGAACAAUCUCGCUGGCGAGGCCAUCAAGACAAUCGGUGCCCUAGCUCAGUGGCUCGAAUGGCCGCAGUUCAGAUCUCUUUUGAAGAGAUAUAUCGACUGUAUGCUUACUAAAGAAGACAUGCAGAAGACCAUUAUUAAACUUCUCGGGGGUAUGAUGGAUAGUUUGAGUCAGGCCGGACGUCUGAAAGGGUACAUGGCUAGCGACUUAGCCGAGAGUGGGAAUGCUCCCGAGACGGAAAUUGGCGCGGAAGAUGUGAUGGAAGUCGACACUGUCUUUACUGCUCUGGCGAAGACGCUUCCGCGGCAGGAGAAGCUCACUAGUGAUCUCGUAGAUCAUCUCCUUCCUCCGUUAACCGAUUUCCUCCACAAGAAGGAUGAUUCCACUGUUAGCCUUCGAGCCCCCAUUGCAAUCGCAAUUACAAAGGUUCUAUUAGUUCUUCCGCCCCCCGAGAUCGAAGCACGACUUCCCCCCGUUCUUUUGGACAUUUGUUACAUUCUAAAAUCCCGCUCACAAGAUGGCAGAGAUAUGUCGAGGAGCACACUAGCUGAGAUUGCCACAUUGGCUGGCAAGUCAUACUUGGGCUUUAUUCUGAAAUCGCUACGUACAGCGCUUCAACGAGGCUAUCAACUCCACGUCCUUUCCUUCACGCUACACCAUAUCUUAGUCAAGAUGGCGGACCAACUGAGACCGGGCGAUCUGGACUACUGCCUGCCCGACAUUGUUGAUGUCAUUAUGGACGAUAUUUUUGGAAUCACAGGACAAGAAAAGGACGCCGAAGAUUAUAUCAGCAAGGCGAAAGAGGUGAAGAGCAGCAAAAGCUACGAUUCUAUGGACAUCAUUGCACGAUCUGCAACGCCAACCCACCUUGUGGAACUCAUUUGGCCGAUCAAGUCACUCUUGCUUGAGAGGCUCAAUGCCAAAAUGGUACAGAAAAUUGAUGAGUUGCUGCGACGCAUAGGGAUGGGCAUCCCGCAAAAUCCGACACUGAAGGAUCGAGAUAUUCUAGUUUUCUGCUACGAGCUGAUCCAAGAAAUCUAUAAAACUAGCGCAAAUCCGGAAGCUAAACAGGAAGACCCAAAGAACAAGAGGUACCUGGUGAACAUGAGGGGCGCAGCAAAGUCUGGUGCCAGAGGGUCCACUUCAUCCUAUAUCUACAAGAUUACUCGAUUUGCCAUGGAUGUCCUUCGCAACGUUCUUCGGAAACAUGAUGAAUUACAGACACCGCAGAAUAUUUCUGGGUUUCUUCCUAUGAUAGGCGACGCACUAGUUCAAAGCCAAGAGGAGGUUCAGACAUCGGCAGUACGUCUCCUCACAACCAUCAUCAGGGUAUCCUUACCCGCAUUGGACAGAGAUUGUCCGGUCUAUAUUACAGAAGCUGUUCGGGCAAUUAGGAAUGCACCUUCGACGAACACGGAGCUUGCACAAGCCUCACUGAAGAUGAUAUCUGCAGUCAUCCGUGAAAGGCCCAAUACGACACUAAAAGAGCGAGACCUGGCACAUUUACUAAAGCGCCUGCUUCCAGAUCUUGACGAACCAGACCGCCAAGGUGUCACUUUCGGGUUCCUCAAGGCUGUUAUGAACCGCAAGAUUAUCAUUCCCGAAGUGUAUGAAGUGAUGCAUAAAGUGGCAGAAAUGAUGGUGACGAACCACACGAGAUCUGCACGGGAUAUUGCAAGGAGCAGUUACUUCCAGUUUCUGAUGGACUACCCGCAAGCCAAGAACCGGUUUACCAAACAACUGGAGUUUCUUAUCAGGAAUUUGAGAUACGACCACGUGGAGGGCCGACAGUCUGUCAUGGAAGCCUUGAACUUGAUACUUACGAAGGUCGGAGAUAACAUCCUGCAAGAUGUGCUUGGGGUCAUGUUUAUUCCGUUAAUUCAUUCCAUGGCCAACGACGAUUCCAGCGAUUGCCGUACCAUGGCAGGAGCGCUCGUGAAGAAGCUUUUUGAGCGUGCAGACGAGGAGAGAAAAAAGGGCUUUCUAUCGGACCUUCGAGGCUGGCUGGAGCAAGAUGAAGAUGCUGGUUUAAAACGGCUCGCCAUCCAAUGUUGGGGCCUGUACUUUGAGGUUCAGGAGAGCAAGCCGAAAGAGCGAACAUUUGUGCUAGAAAGACUGGAGUCGACCAUCGAAGAGUGUCUUAUGAGAAGGGGCGAGGAUGAUUGGGAACUCAUCUACUAUUCUCUGACUGUGUUCUCAAAGCUCUGCAAAUCAAACCCAGAUGCAAUGCUCUCCUCUGACAAGCACCAGCUUUGGACGGAGAUUAAGGCGUGUGUUUCGUACCCGCAUGCUUGGGUUAAGCUUAUUUCUGCGAAACUGAUGGGGACGUUCUUCGCGGACCUAGCAAGUACGAAUGGCGAUGAGGGGUUGAAUAGUCUUCCCCUAGAAGGAUCCCGGGGCUUACAGUUGACUGAGGAGGAUAUGGUUCGGCUUACUAGUGCGCUUGUGAAGAACCUUUUUAUUGCUGGUGUUACGGACGAGUUUUGCGUGCAAACCGUGAGGAAUCUAGCGUUCCUAGCACGGUGCCUAGCUGCCAAUGGGGCUAUGUGGAAAUGGCAAAAGACUGAUGAUGAUGAUGAUGAUGAUGAGGAUGAUGAUGAAGACGGAGUUGAAGAGCAGAUUGGUGGGGAGGAAGAACAACAGGAUGAAGUGAAUGGAGAUGCGGAUUCCGGCCCUGAGGAAGAAUGGGCUGGAUUUUCUCCUCCGCCCUCACCUGCACCCUCGCCACCACAGCUAACAUCGACAUCGACAUACAAACCAAAACCAAAACCAGCCACCCCCCAAACAGCGCUCCAUCGCCUCAUCAUCCGCCUAAGCAGCCUCAUUCGGCGUGAAACCAAACUCUUAAAACUUUCUUCUCUGUUUCCCAAAUCCGCCGUACUAACCCUCCUCCACACCCUCACCACUAAACUCCCCAUCCCCGCCAUCUCAACGUCUCUCCCACACCUCCUAACAACCCUCCACGUCCUCACUGCGGCAACGACAACGCACCCGCGCGCCAGCGACCCGGCGUUUAACGAGGGGUAUAAAGCGCUCAUUGACAAAGCGAAAGAGAUUAUGGGGGGUUUGCAGACGAAGAUGGAGGGCGGGUUUUUAGAGGUUAUGCAGGAUGUGCAGAGGGGUAUUAGGGAGAGGAGGGAGGAAAGGGGGAAGAAAAGGAAGGGAGAGGGAGAAGAGAAGGAGGCACGAGGUUAA